AAGUAAAAACCACUUAACAGUUGUAUGGUCCCUUUUGCUGAAAGCUAGUCAGGUUUUUUUAAUCAGGUUCAGGUGUGAUGUUGACUGACUUCUAUUUAAUCCCCUCAAGCCUCCCCUCCACUCUUCAUUUCCCACAAUUACUAUCUUUUUCCAAGGAAAAUGGCUCCUUUUGGGUUUCUUUUAGUGGGGUUUCUCUCCAUUGUCUCGUCUGUUCAUGGAUAUUAUGGAGGUUGGAUUAACGCACAUGCCACUUUCUAUGGAGGUGGCGAUGCUUCAGGGACAAUGGGCGGGGCUUGUGGCUAUGGAAACCUCUACAGCCAGGGUUAUGGAGCUAACACAGCAGCACUGAGCACUGCAUUGUUCGACAAUGGUCUGAGCUGCGGGGCUUGUUUUGAGAUCAGAUGUGUGAAUGACCCUAAGUGGUGCCUGCGUGGCUCCAUUGUGGUCACUGCCACUAACUUUUGCCCUCCCGGAGGCUGGUGUGAUCCUCCCAACAAGCAUUUUGAUCUCUCUCAACCUGUCUUCCAGCACAUUGCCCAAUAUAGAGCUGGAAUCGUCCCAGUAAUUUACAGAAGGAUAAGAUGCAGGAAGAGUGGAGGCAUUAGGUUCACCAUCAAUGGCCACUCAUACUUCAAUUUAGUCCUGAUCACCAACGUUGGCGGCGCCGGUGAUGUGCGUUCUGUGGCCAUCAAGGGUUCAAGAACUCGAUGGCAGGCAAUGUCAAGAAACUGGGGCCAAAAUUGGCAGAGUAAUGCUUACCUUGAUGGGCAAAGUCUCUCUUUUCUAGUUACCACAAGUGAUGGUCGCAGAGUGGUUUCUUACAAUGUUGCCCCUGCUGGCUGGUCCUUUGGACAGACAUACAGUGGAGGGCAGUUUAGGUACUAGACACGAUCACACAGCACAGCUACAAGAGUAAGAUAUAUAUAGAUAUAUAUAUAGGGUUAAUAUUUGCUAUGAAUUGGCCCUUCGCUUUCCUAUAAUUGUGAGUUUCUGCAGUCGAUGGCUGGCAUUAGAAUUCGAGCCUCGAGACUGCAUUUUUUUUAAGCAAGAGUGAGUAAUAUGUGCGUCCAGAGGCAGCUGCGAGGACAUUAAAAUACAAAGAGAACUGCAAGUAAAUUAAAAUGUUUGUGGUGACAAAAAAAAAGAGAUAAAAUAAGGCAUUAAUUCUUCUUGCUUGAGUUGAAAGUGUGUGAGGUCACAGUCGUUCACUGUGCCCCAGCUCGUUUGUAUUCAAUCGAUCAGUUAUUAAAUGCACAGGCAAUGUCAUUUGUAACGAAA